ACUCGUCCAGGACACAGAGUAGUUGGUAUCAGAGUAGAGACGAAGCCGAAUUUCACUGAGUUUUGCUCUAAUUUAGUCUCCCGCCGGUGAAAACGCGUUAAACUACCGGUGUAGUCUUAAAUAGGAAACAGGUUUUCCUGUUCGGGAGCCGUUAACACGGUCGGUAACCGGGACGGAGACAUCCUGGCGAUGAAACGGCUUCAGGGCGACGAGUAACUUCGGUGAUGCGCUGUGAACCCGCACUGUUGGUGACGCUCUGACGGUGACAGUGGGAAAGUCCUCGCCCUUCUUCCCUCAGGACGCCGCACAGAUGUUUUCGCUCGGGCAGGAAAACAUCUCCACCUCCCCGGCCUCCACCAAAGGGCCAGUCAAAUAUGGAGAGCUCAUCGUGUUGGGGUGCAACGGCUCUCUGCCCAGCGGCGACAAGGGGAGGCGGAAAAGCCGCUUCGCUCUGUGCCGCCGGAACAAAGCCAACGGCGUGAAACCCAGCACUGUCCACACAUCCUGCACUCCUCAGGCUGCCAAGGCUGUCAGCAACAAGGAGCAGCACAGUAUAUCCUACACUCUGUCCCGGGCACAGACGGUGGUGGUGGAGUACACCCACGACCUCAGCACAGACAUGUUCCAGAUUGGGCGUUCUACGGAGAAUCCCAUUGACUUUGUGGUGACAGACACGGUGCCUGGCGGUCAGGGCCCUGCAGACAGUCAGACGGUUCAGAGCACAAUUUCGCGCUUCGCCUGCCGCAUCAUCUGCCAGAGGAACCCGCCGUACUCUGCUCGGAUCUACGCCGCGGGCUUCGACUCGUCCAAGAACAUCUUCCUCGGGGAGAAGGCAGCGAAGUGGAGGAUGCAGGACGGGCAGAUGGACGGACUCACCACCAACGGCGUUCUUGUGAUGCACCCGCGCCACGGCUUCAACCAGGACUCCAAACCCGGCCUGUGGAGGGAAAUCUCAGUGUGCGGCAACGUCUUCACGCUGCGGGAGACCAGAUCAGCUCAGCAGAGGGGCAAGAUGGUGGCCUCUGAGUCCAACGAGCUGGUGGACGGCUCGCUCAUCGACCUGUGCGGCGCCACCCUGCUGUGGCGGACAGCCGAGGGCCUGGCUCACACUCCCACCGUCAAACACCUGGAGGCGCUGCGGCAGGAGCUGAACGCCGGGCGGCCGCAGUGUCCCGUGGGCUUCAACACGCUCGCCUUCCCCAGCCUGCGCCGCAAAGACGUCCUGGACGAGAAGCAGCCCUGGGCUUACCUGCGCUGCGGCCACGUGCACGGCUACCACGGCUGGGGCGGACGCCGCGACCCUGAGGUGGAGGCGGAGUGUCAGCAGAGAGAGUGCCCCAUGUGCCGGGCGCAGGGCCCCUACGUGCCGCUGUGGCUGGGCUGCGAGGCGGGCUUCUACGUAGACGCGGAGCCCCCCACACACGCCUUCGUCCCCUGCGGUCACGUCUGCUCGGAGAAGACGACGGCGUACUGGAGUCAGAUCCUGCUGCCAUACGGCACACACACCUUCCACGCCGCCUGCCCGUUCUGCAUCCAGCCGCUGAACGGAGAGACCACCUGCGUCAGACUCAUCUUCCAAAGCCCGCUGGACUAGAAACCACUCAGACUUCUCAUGUCAAGCUUUAACCCUCAGAUGUGUUUGGAGUUUUGGAAUUUUCAUAACUUAAUUUUGAUAGUAAAACUAAUUUAACUUAAUUUGGACAAAUGUAAGUUCAUUGGUUGGGUUGAUUUCUGCUCUUUUUUGAACACCAUGUAUGAUUCAGGCGGUGCUGCCAUCCUGAGCACGCAGCUGCAGAGAAACUGGGAUCACUGUGACACUGUUUGAUUUGCCUUACACUUUCUUAUUUAUUCUUUUACCUCUAACGUGUCCUUUUCUGUAAGCAGGUGCAGAAUUUAACAGCAGCCACGUUUUCCUACAGCGGAUGACUGUCUCACU